AUGGAUGUGCUACCUGGGGUGUUUAUGUCUCGAGCGGGAGCGAUUUAUCACAUGGCACAGAGAUCGCAUACCACCACACAAAUUGGACACGACAGUGCCGCUGUGAGUAAAAAGGUCGAGAAGGUAGUGGAGAUCGAUAACUCUGCUGGUAAUCUAGAAUUCCUCAAAAAUCUAUUUGGACUCGAAACAACCUGGGUUGGAACUUGGUUAAUGAAUGAAUUGGUAGGAGCGAAGUGUUUGUUUGUAAUCUUAAGUGCAUUUGGCUGGAAAGAUGGAAAUGCAAUCUUUGGGUCCAUGUGCACUUUAACAAGUCAAAAGGGGAGAAGAAGGGAGGGGUGGAAUGACCGCAUGUGA